CAUUUUGUUGGAGUUAUUUAAGAGUCUGAAUGCUGUUAAUUCUCUUAGUUUCUUCUAUGAACUUAACUGCUGCUUGCGUGAUGCUGCGUGAUUCAUUGAAGGGGGAAAGGGCAGGUCACACUAUUAUUUAUGCCAUGGGCAGUUUUGUUGACAAUCCAAAGCACUGUCUUUACUUCUCUCUCUUGGCGGGUCACUUUUAGAAACAUGAUGUCAGAAGGUCAUUGUGACAUCUAAUGAAAAAAAAAAAAAAGACUGGGUCAUAUAAAAGCAGAGACAUUGUGAGGGAACAGUGGACUUUGGGACCAGCAGUGAGUUGGAGAUGAAGGGAGGAAAGAAUGAAAAGUCCAACCUCAAGGACUCCCCGCAGGAGAAUGGAGUACAGACAAACCAGUACAGCUCCAUCUCUCCUCCUGCCUCACCUGAGAUCCAGGAAGAACCGUUCUCCACGUACUUUGAGGACAAGGUGCCCAUUCCUGAAGGUGGCAACCAGAUAUUCAGUUUCCGAAAACUCUGGGCCUUCACUGGACCAGGGUUUUUGAUGAGCAUUGCUUACUUGGAUCCAGGGAACAUCGAGUCCGACCUGCAGUCUGGAGCUAAAGCCGGCUUUAAGCUCCUAUGGGUGCUCCUCUUAGCCACCAUCAUUGGGCUGCUGUUGCAGAGGUUAGCUGCACGCCUCGGGGUCGUCACAGGGAUGCACCUGGCUGAAGUCUGCAACCGCCAGUAUCCCGCCGUUCCUCGGAUAAUCCUUUGGUUUAUGGUUGAACUUGCAAUUAUUGGCUCAGACAUGCAGGAGGUCAUCGGCUGUGCCAUAGCUCUCAACCUCCUCUCUGUGGGAAGGAUCCCACUGUGGGGAGGAGUCCUCAUCACCAUAACAGACACAUUCGUGUUCCUCUUUCUAGACAAAUAUGGCCUGAGGAAACUUGAAGCUUUCUUUGGCUUCCUCAUCACUGUAAUGGCAAUUAGCUUUGGUUACGAGUAUGUGCUGGUAAAGCCAGACCAAGGGGAGCUGCUGAAGGGGAUGUUUGUACCCUACUGUGCCGACUGUGGGCCUGUGCAGCUGGAGCAGGCAGUGGGAAUCGUAGGCGCUGUCAUCAUGCCCCACAACAUCUACCUGCACUCAGCGCUGGUCAAGUCUCGGGAAGUCGAUCGCAGAAAUAAGAAGGAAGUAAAAGAAGCCAACAAAUACUACUUCAUUGAGUCUACUAUCGCUCUCUUCGUCUCUUUUCUCAUCAAUGUCUUUGUCGUGGCGGUCUUUGCUCAGGCCUUCUACAAUAAAACCAAUAUGGAUGUGAAUGCAGUUUGCAAUGCAACUGGCAGUCCACACACAGAUCUCUUCCCUCUCAACAACGGCACACUGGAGGUGGACAUCUAUAAAGGGGGAGUGGUCCUGGGCUGUUUCUUUGGCCCUGCAGCUCUCUACAUCUGGGCCAUAGGGAUCCUGGCAGCUGGACAGAGCUCCACCAUGACAGGCACCUACUCCGGGCAGUUUGUCAUGGAGGGUUUCCUGAACCUCCGGUGGUCUCGUUUUGCACGGGUACUGCUGACCCGCUCCAUCGCCAUCACACCUACUCUGCUGGUAGCCAUUUUCCAGGACGUUCAGCAUCUGACAGGCAUGAACGACUUCCUGAAUGUGCUUCAAAGCAUGCAGCUUCCAUUUGCUUUGAUCCCAAUUCUGACCUUCACCAGUCUGACAUCCAUUAUGAAUGACUUUGCAAACGGAUUGUUUUGGAAGAUUUCCGGAGGCAUCGUCAUCCUGGUGGUUUGUGCAAUCAACAUGUACUUUGUGGUGGUUUAUGUGACGGCGCUGAACAGUGUGCUGCUCUACGUCCUCGCUGCUCUCCUCUCCGUAGCCUAUCUGUGCUUUGUAGGCUACCUGGCAUGGCACUGUCUGAUUGCCUUGGGGGUUUCCUGCCUGGACUUUGGCAGCAGGAUGCAGAUGGGAUUGUCACGUCACACGGACAUUUACCUACUGAACGACAUGGACACUGAUUCUGUGGUUGAGAGAUAGGACGACACGUGAGUGGAUGUUGAACUGCGGUGACUGAGGGACACUGAUAGAUUACCUGACUGAAGCGUGGGACCACUGAAGCUUGGUCAGUACGAGUUCGCCUUCACCUCUCGUGUGCCUAACACAUUUUAAAGUGUCCUUGUAGCAACGCACAGACUUCUAAUCCUGCUCAAUUCAGUGAUGGAUGUUUUCUAUCACAAAUGUCUCAGCAGUCUCAGCUAACAACAUGCUGCAGGUCUCUUGACAAAUAAUGUUUAUGCAAAUAAUGGUUAGAUGUCUGGACUCAAAAAUGAGACAUUUCUAAAAAAAAAAAAAAAGAAAAAGAAAAAAAAAGUGGUGACUGUGACGCAGUAACCUAAAUCACAUUUUUUGAUAAAUCAAUCUCACCUCAAUGUCCAUAAAAUGACUUUUGUGCCCGUUGGCCUCUGCAAAUCACUCGUCUUAAAUGACUGAACCGCAACAGGUCAGUAACCCCAUAGCCUCAGUAAAGGAAAGGACGGCGAUAGUUGCCAAGCUGAUACUGCUGUGAUGAAAAAAUCACUUUCCAAUCAGAAAUCACUCAAAAAUAAAGUGACUACUCCAAAACAGGAAAUUGCCAGAGUCAUAAGUUCAGAGACACAAUUGGUUGUUUUCAGUCUGUGUAGCACUGAAGAUGCGCCAGGCUGCACGUUAGACUUGCCUGUUUUUCAUUUGAUUUUUUUAACCUUCUAUUUCUUUCUGGUUCACCUGACAUGACAAAAAAUACAAAGAUUUUUUUCCGUCGGCACACAUCCCCACAGAGUGAAAACAAAUGGAAAAAUCAAACACCAAAGUUGCAGCAUGUUCAAGUUUUUGUCUUCGGUGGCAAGCAUACCAAGCAGCUACCCUUUAUUCUAAUUUAUAUUCAAAUACAAUCUUUAAAUUAUCUAGAUGUUGAUAUUAGACUAAUAAAUUGUUAUAAUUAAUAUAUUGAAUAUGAACAUAACGUUUCAAGAAUGUACAAGGUGUUUAUAUGUGAUUAGUCACUCUGCUUACUGUGUUUUUAUUGUAAUGUAAGAGAAUGACAGUUUUAUGUCACUCUCUUUGUGUUACAGUUAUGCAAAAUAUUUUCAAAUACAUUUUGGUCUUGGGGAUGUACACGUUUGUAUUCCCAAGCCUUUUAAAAACUGGUCAGAAUUAACUAAAUCUACUAUGUGGAGGGUAGGAAGAAAUUCCUUAUUUCUCUGUUAGUAGUGUCAAAAAAUAAUCUGUGACAACAUACACAAACUUUAAGCCACAUGAUGAUACAUGUGUAUGUUUUUAUCACAUGUAUACAUUCCCAUUCAAUACAUUUAUACAUUUUCAGAGUUGCCAGAGGAUUAUGAAUGGUUUGUUCUUCCACUGUUUUGCUGGCAGGUAUAUUAUAACUACGCUUAGGUCAGUUUGUUUUAAGAUUUGUUUAUUUAUGUGUAGUUUAUCAUUUUUAUGAAUGCUUCUUAGGCUUGUAUGUAGUUUAAAUGAUUUCAUUUAAUUUGUGUCAGCAUUUUGUGGAGUUAAAGUAGCAGCUAGUCUUUUUUUUUUGUUUGUUUGUUUUUUGAUAAAGCCAAAUUUGCGCAGAAGUGUGAUGAGUGCAAUAGUGCAAUCUGUCACACAAUAGCACAGCAUAGUUGGCACUACAAACAGGUGAGGAACUGCUAAUGGUGAAUAAGAGAAGUGAUCUGAGGUGUUGUAUCAUGAGUAGAAACAGGGGCCAUACUCACUGUAUCUCAGGGCUCCUAGACUCUGGUGUACCAGGAGUGUCACAGGAGUUUGUAAUCGUCUAAAACAUGAGCAAGUUUGACUGUUUCAAAUGUGGGAGACAAGUGUGAGCUUGGCAGCAGAGUGCUGAUAUGACAAAUGCCUCUAAUUGUUACACUAUGAUACUUGCAUAUCUUCUUGUGCACUUAACUUUAACUGGAUUCGCAGAGAACCUUUCAGAAACCGUGUUACAGAAAAUAAAAAGAGUAAAAACUGUACAGAGAGGAUAUUAGACAAGAAGAAAGAAAUUAUAUAAAAUAAAUACACCAAACACCAGCAGGAUCCAUCAUGAAACACCUCAGAGGUGUGAUGGAUUGGGCUGUUUAGGGCUGCUAAUAAACAAAACCUUUUCAUUUUCCCCAAGUAUUUGACUGCACGUGUGUCUUCUAAUUACUGUGCAGACGACCACAGUGCCUCCUGUGUUCACCACCGUGCCUCAUUUAUUGUAUCUCUAUCAUCUCUAGAUGAUAAUUUAAUAUUCCAGUCAGAAUAAAAAUAAUAAGUCAGAAACUCCUGCCCACUGCAAAUAAUACUGUGAUACUCAUUUAAAUGCAAAAAUAUAAGCAACCUCUGUAUAGGUUUGUCUUCUUUGGGAUUUUUUUCAAAGAUUAUAUAUUUUUUGAAUUAUAUUUCUCUUAGCCAAUGAGUUCUUCAUUUGCCAUCAUUCUUUCUGAAAAAAUCUACAUCCAUUCCAAUGGGAAGUGCACUACUGAAUUCCAACUUUGCCACAAAUUAAAAAAAAAAAAAAUUAUUCUGACCUUUGCAACUGAAAUGACAUGUCAUGCCAAAUAAAAAACUAAUAUUUGUGCAUAAGAAGAUUUUAGUAAUUUCACUCCUGCAAAAAGCAUUUUUUUUUUUGUUUGUUUGUUUUUUUUAAACAAAUGUACCAGCACUUAAUGACAAAAAUUGGGCCAAGGUGUAAGUUAGAAAAGUUGACAUUGUAAGCUAUAGGAUAAACUGAUUUAAAUUUUUUGGGGGACCAUUGAUGGGAUCACAGCAGAGAAGCCAUGCUCAGCAAUUAGUAAAUGAUUUUGGGUGGACACUGCAACAGUCACUAAACAUAUUCCCCGCAGGAGACAUGUAUUUGGUUGAAGUGUGUACAUCAGGCAAACAUCAUAUGAACUUCUGACUGUACUAUCUAAAUGAAAUCAAUGAAAACAUUGUAAUGACCUAAUUGAUUCCAUAUAUUAAUUGAUUACUGCAUCAUGUAUCAGAGUAUCAAAUUAUUAUGAAGAAUAUUAUCUGAAUUUGGGAAUAGGUAGGCAUUAUUCAGAGACCAUUUUCUGGCCCCAUGGCCAGACAGGGAACUGGUACUGUACUGUAUUUUAAAUUGAUUAAAUAUGUUUUUUUCUGAUUUGAUUUAAUUGUACAGUAUGAUACAGAUUUGAGAGCUUAUUAAAGGGUGGUUUUCUGAUUUUUUUUGUCUCCAGGUCUGUUUUAUGUUUGAAUAUUUUGUUCUUGUUGAAUAAAAAAAGUUAAAUUAC